ACGAUGUAACUGUCUUGGUGCUGAUUGGCUGGAUUGUCAGUCUUUAACCGUAACAGAACCAGCGCUCGGAGAAGAAAGCCACGUUGGCGCCAGCGGAGUUCUGACUCGGUUCGUUUCUGGCCAAAGGACGAACAUCUGCAGCUCUCACUGAGAACAAACGAGAGUCUCCGUUAGCUUCUUCUGGAUUAUCCGAGGUGUCACGUCACCUGGAAGGAUGAGCGUGGGGUUCAUCGGAGCGGGACAGCUGGCGCAUGCGCUGGUGAAGGGCUUCACUGCAGCAGGUGUGAUUGCUGCUCACAGGAUCACCGCCAGCGCUCCGGACACUGACCUGCCCACCGUCAGCAGCCUCAGGAAAAUGGGGGUGAGUCUGACGACCAGCAACAAAGAGACGGUCAACAAGAGCGACGUGCUGUUUCUGGCUGUGAAACCCCACAUCAUCCCCUUUGUUCUGGACGAGAUUGGACCGGACAUCGAGGACCGCCACCUCAUAGUCUCUUGUGCUGCGGGUGUAACCAUCAGCUCCAUAGAGAAGAAGCUGCUUCAGCACCGCCCAGCUCCUCGAGUGAUGAGGUGCAUGACCAACACCCCUGUGGUGGUGAGGGAGGGCGCCACGGUGUACGCCACAGGGACGCAUGCCGAGGUGGAGGACGGCCGGCUGCUGGAGCAGCUGAUGGCCAGCGUUGGUUUCUGCACGGAGGUGGAGGAGGACCUGAUCGACGCCGUCACCGGUCUGAGUGGCAGCGGCCCCGCCUACGCGUUCACGGCGCUCGACGCUCUGGCGGAUGGCGGGGUGAAGAUGGGUCUGCCUAGGAGGCUCGCCGUCAGACUCGGAGCCCAGGCUUUGCUGGGGGCAGCGAAGAUGCUACUGGAGUCAGAGCAGCACCCGGGCCAGCUAAAGGACAACGUAUGCUCACCAGGGGGCGCCACUAUCCACGCCCUGCACUUCCUGGAGAGCGGCGGCUUUCGCAGCCUCCUGAUCAACGCGGUGGAGGCGUCGUGCAUCCGGACGCGGGAGCUGCAGUCGCUGGCAGACCAGGAGCGCAUCUCUCCAGCAGCCAUCAAGAAGACCACCCUGGACAAGGUUCUGCAGCAGCCGGGAGUGUCCGUGAGUGGCGUCGCCAAUGGCAACGGCAAAUCAGGACUCAGCCUCUUCAACUCUGGGAUCAAGAAGAAGAACUGACAACGGUAGACUUUCGAUCGCAUCACAGUGGGACGCCCACACAGUCAGAGCCGCCCAGCUACAGGAAACCAGGAACUGAGCUAGGACUGGGGUGGGGGACCCCGCCUACUGGUGACAUCACCAACUCGCCUGCAUCCUGCUCAGGCAUGGUGUGACAGAGUCACUGUCCAAAUGAAUUCUGAGAAUUUUCCCAGCAGCCUCUGUGCUGAUUUGUAAGGUCAUCCCAGCUGCUGGGUGAUGCAGUGGUUUGUGUCUGUGGUGUGAACCUUCAACACUAAAAAUCUGAAUUUAUUCUCUUUGUUUUAAACCAAGAAUGAACAUUUGUCUAAUGAAGCAUUAAGAAGCUGAGCUUUCUUUGGUUUUGGUUAUCUCCUUUUGUGGAUGGGAUGCCUUUACACCCCCAUCCCUGCCUGCCUGACUGACUGACUGUGAGGACCUGCAGGACCACACCUGUUUGAUUAAAGACGUUUUCAUUAAAGAAGAAA